AUGGAGGACUUGAAUUUCAAUCAAGCGAUAGAUCGCUUGGUGAAAUGGUAUCAAGUCAUGCGGGUGGAAUUAUUGGAGGAAGAUGAGCUUGAGCAAGAGCUCAAAUGUCGCGACGUGAUACUAUCAGGUUUGGAUUUAUCUCGGAAAAGGAAAUGCUUGCGAGAUGCAUUAAAAAGGGAAAAGGAAUCCGGUUUAAAAUUAAGUGCCUUAAGCCUAAGAACAGAUCCCGAGAAUGAGCGGGAACUUUGCCUUGUUAAAUUUAAACAAAUUAAAACACUGUUGAAAUCCAGCAGUGCGGAUGAAUCACAGAAAAGGAUUUGCUUAGCCCGUCUAGCCCAUGUGGGUACACGAGUGGCUACCCUUCUGUGUUCGUCUCGUGGUUCACCUAAUCUCCUAACGCAGAUGCAAAAUAUGUUUGUUGAGUUAGUCCAACUCUUGCAAUCUGCCUACGAUCCAUCGGGUAUCGCGACGCAGGAAAUCGUGGUUCAAAAUCCAUCGCAGGCUAUCACUGAGGCAAACACCAACACGGAGGUCGAGCUUCCAUCACCCUCUGUUCUGGGCCAGGACGACCUAGAUUGGAUCCACAGCUUGCAGGCGAGGAUAGUUGGCCUAGAAGAAGAAUUGGCAAAACGAAAAGAAGGAAGAGAAGUUGAGACUCAAACGGAACAAGAAGUGUUCAAUGUUUCGAACCCACUGGAAAGAGAUUUCAGAAAUCAUUCUGAAAACUUUUCUGCUAUCUCCAGUUUUCAGAACAAUUCUUUCCCUCAAAUUUCCCUUAAUCCUACUUAUCCUCAACAAAAUUUAUCUUACCAUCAAAUUACCAAUCCUUAUCCAUAUUUAACAGCAAAUAUUUCUCAAUCCCACAGUGAAAAUAAACUUCCGAAUAUUCAGUCCCACCAGCCCACAGCUUCAAAUUUUCAUCUGAACCACCCUAGCAAUCCUCAAAACCUUUUUCCCACUCCUACCAAUCAAAUUCCGGUAAAUCCUACCAACCCCCAUCAAUCCCUUCCUAAUGUGAAUUUCUCACAUAAUGUCGGACAACAAAAUCAUCCCUGGUCAAACUUAGGUCCAAAUCCGAAUCCUUCUCAGCCCCCAUAUAACGCACUUCCAGGCCAGUACCAGGGACCAUCCGGUCAACCUCAAGGACAUUGGGGAUCACCUUACGGGAAUCCCGGGUUUUCUCAUCAGUUUCAGACACCUUUUCAUUCCCGACAUACUUUGCCAGUAUCCAAAUGGAAUAUUGCAAAGUACAGCGGAGAUGAUCAAGGGUUGAAACUGAAUGAAUUCCUGGAAGUCGUUUACGCUCUGUCCAUGGCAGAAAGGGUAUCCGAUCAAGAGCUAUUUGAAUCGGCCGUACAUUUGUUCUCUGGAUCUGCCCUUAAAUGGUAUAUGACACAGCGAUCUAUGGGCCGUCUUGUCAGUUGGCAGCAUCUAGUUUUCGAACUCCGCAGAACGUAUAUGCACCCAGACUUGGACGCUCUCAUCAAAAUGAAAGUGUACCAGAGGCGUCAACGGCAGCAGGAGUCUUUCCACGAAUUUUAUAGCGAGAUAGAGAAGCUGAUCCGAACGAUGAGUGUCCCGAUACCAGAAUUCGAGAAAAUUCAAAUCCUCCAGCAAAACAUGAGGAUGGACUACAAAAAGUUCAUGGCUUUCAUUCCCAUUGUGAACUUGGAGUCCUUACUCUCAGCGGGUCAGAAGCUUGAUGCGCUUAACUUUUCUGCGUAUAGCAAGGUGUUCGGCUCUGAUAAGGUGGUUCACGUGAUCGAAGACGAAGAUCUGGAGCAGUCGAGGUCGACCAAAACCAAGAAGCAGACAUCAAGCUCUGAUUUCGUCGUACCGGUCCAGCAACAUCCAAGGGGUAAUUCAGCGGGUCCUAAAGUUAAUGUUGUUCCGAAGAACCAGAAACAGUUCGCGCAAAAUUUACCUGGCCCGUCACGGCAAAUAAACAGUAAGCCUACAGCAGUCGGGGAACCAUCUGGCAGUCAGUCGCAACCUCAACUCACGUUGGAGAUGGUAGUAAACAACCACAAGCCUCCUCCAUCAAAUCGGUGCUACAACUGCAAUCGGGAGGGACAUCAUGCAGCAAUUUGCCGUCAACCACCAAUCAUUGUCUGUUUCAAAUGCGGGCUUCGUGGAUUUCCGACUGCUAUGUGUCCGUAUUGUUUAAAAAACCACGGUACUGCGAGCCAAAACCGCGAUAUUCGCAUCCACGAUAUUCCAGUUUGUGCCCUUUUAGACAGUGGCAGUAAUUACACUCUGAUCAAUCAGAAUGUUUUCCGUAGAUCAAGACACGAAAAAUUGAAUCCAUUGACCAAAUCACUGGAUCUCCGUUCAGCAAGUGGUGAUUCGAUGGAAAUUUUAGGCCAGGCCUUUCUGCCUAUCCGGUUUGAUGGACGAACCAAAGUCAUCACCACUCUGGUGGUGGCUAAUUUGUCCAUCGACUGCAUUUGUGGGAUGGACUUUUGGACCAAAUUUCAGAUCGUUCCCACUAUGUUGUCUAGAGAUUCCGUGAAUGCAGCGGUCUUGGAAAAGGUUUCUUCGUCCGCCGAAUGUUUGUCGCUAGAAGAAGAAAGAGAAUUAGAGGAAAUUAAAAAGGGUUUCUUAGCAGCUGGUCAAGGCAAACUCACCAUUACUCCUUUGGCCACUCAUCGGAUUGUCUUGAAGGAGGAAUUCAGAGGCAAGCCACCAGUUCGUCAAUUCCCGUACGUGAUGUCUCCGAAAACCCAGGCGUUGGUAGCUGUUGAGCUGGAACGGUUGCUAGAGGCCGGCGUCAUUGAGCGCAGCGAGUCCGACUGGUCAUUGAAUUGCGUGCCGGUCAUUAAACCCAACAAGGUUCGGCUUUGUUUAGACGCACGGAAGAUCAACGAAAGAACUGUCCGUGAUGCUUACCCUCUACCCCACCCUGGAAGAAUAUUAGGUCAGUUACCAAAGGCCAAAUAUUUGUCUACAAUAGACCUGUCCGAAGCGUUUUUACAGGUUCCCUUAGAAAAAGAGUCCCGAAGGUACACAGCAUUCAGCGUACAGGGUAAAGGGUUGUUCCAGUAUACCCGGAUGUGUUUCGGGUUGGUCAACAGUCCUGCAUCAUUGGCCAAAAUCAUGGAUUCCGUACUGGGUCAUGGUAUACUGGAACCGAAUGUUUUUGUUUACCUCGACGACAUCGUCGUGGUUACAGAAACAUUCGAGCAUCAUGCGCAGCUUCUUACAGAGAUCUCCCGUCGUCUACGUGAAGCCAACCUAAGCAUCAACCGGGAAAAAUCUCGAUUUGGAGUAGCCGAGGUUCCUUUUCUAGGUUAUCUCUUAGGAACGGAAGGGCUACGGGCAAACCCGGAGAAGGUGAGGCCGAUUUUAGAUUAUGAACGGCCAACUACGGUCACGAAGCUCCGGAGGUUUCUGGGAAUGGCCAAUUACUAUAGGCGAUUCAUCCCAGAUUUCAGCGGGGCAACUGCGGCCUUAACAGAUUUGUUGCAAACGAAGUCGAAAUUGGUCCGGUGGAACGAAGAGGCGGAAGCAGCCUUCGUUCGCAUCAAGGAACUUCUAAUUUCUUCGCCCAUUCUGGCCAGUCCAGAUUUCGGCCGCCCUUUUACCAUCCAGACCGACGCGAGCGACGUGGCAGUGGCCGGAGUAUUAACGCAGCAGCAGGAGAACGGAGAGUGUGUUAUCGCAUACUACUCCCACAAACUGACCACACCGCAAAAAAACUACCAUGCAGCCGAAAAGGAAGCCUUGGCAGCUAUGCUAGCGAUAGAUGCGUUUAGGGGUUACAUUGAAGGUUAUCAUUUCACUCUAAUUACCGAUUCAAACGGUCUUACUCACAUACUCAACGCAAAGUGGAAGGUCGGAUCUCGCUGUAGUCGGUGGGCGCUCAUUCUGCAGCAAUAUGAUAUGAGAAUAGUGCACAGGAAAGGCAAGGAAAAUAUUGUCCCUGAUGCACUUUCUCGUAGCAUUGCAGCAAUUGACGGCUCACCUACAACUUGGUACGAUUCCAUGAUGCGUAAAGUUGUGAGUAAACCGGAUGAAUUUGUCGAUUUUAGGGUCGAAAAUAAUAACCUCUUCAAGUACAUCUCAGUACCUGACUUUCCACACGAUUCGAACUUCGAAUGGAAAUUGAUACCGCGCACAGAGGACAUCCCGAAAAUUAUUGAAGAAUCCCACAUCACAUCGUUUCAUUCGGGAUACGAGCGAACGUUAGCACGGAUCAGGCAGCGUUUCUACUGGCCGCGAAUGGCAGCUCAAAUUCGUAAAUUUGUUAGACAAUGCACGACUUGUAAGGAGGUGAAGCCAUCUCACGUCGCCACAGUACCCGAAAUGGGGAAAAUGCGACUAGCGGAUCGACCCUGGCAGAUAAUUUCGGUCGAUUUUAUUGGUCCCCUUCCUCGAAGUCGUAAAGGUAAUCAGCAUUUGUUGGUGGUUUCGGAUUACUUCUCGAAAUGGGUUUUGGUUCAGCCUGUGAAGAAAAUCGCCAGUUCAACCAUGUGUGCGAACCCCGUAGAGAGAGUGAACCGAACCAUCAACGCUGCUAUCAGGACCUACGUCAAAGAGGAUCAGCGCCUCUGGGAUACUAAAAUUGCCGAGUUAGAAAUGUUAUUAAAUACGAGCGUGCACUCGCCCACAGGAUUUACUCCGUAUUUCAUCAUUCACGGGCAGGAAUAUGCGGAACUGGGGAACGAUUAUCGCCUAGCACGUCACGAUCAAAAUCUUUCUCCCGGGCAGUUUGAGGAACGGCGUAAAGCCUUAUUUAGAGACAUCUACGAACUUGUCAAGAAGAAUCUUGCCAAGGCUUAUGCAAAUUCAAAACGAACUUAUAAUUUGCGUAUUCGUCCGGCGAAGCCGUUCAUUAAAGGGCAGUUGGUAUAUCGACGGAAUAUGAAACUUUCCAAUGCGGGGGAAAGUUACAAUUCCAAGUAUGGAACUCAAUAUCUACCUUGCCGAAUUAAAAGUUUGCGUGGAACAUCUUCGUACGAGCUCGAAGAUCUGAAUGGAAAGAACUUAGGGGUUUGGCCCGCAGCCCAUAUUAAGCCAACAUAA